AUGAUAAGGCAAAUAUUGCAUGGCAAAGAAAAAAAUGGUGUAGCAAGUGAUUUAAACAUGAGCAUAUGCAACAGUAUAUAUGGAGGAGGAAAAAGUAAUACCUAUCGGAGCCUCUCCGAUGGGGCUUCUAAAAAAAUAGUUGGAAAAGAUUUUGGUAGCAUUUGGGGCUGCUGUAUGUUGCUGUUUUUUCAAGUUGUUUGUAGCAUUUUACAUCAUCUUUUCUUUGCUGUUUUUUUCCAGGCUGUUUGUAGCCUUGUUGACCAGCAAAAUACAACAAAAUUGGGCUUGAAGAUGGGUUGCAAAAUGGACUGCAUUAGCAAUUUUGCUGAAUUUUUUUAG